CUCUGCGCCCCAAAAGACGCCGGAGUAGUAUCAGCGUUUUUAUUGUGAUCUGUUAAGCGGUUGAUGUAGCGCAUGCGCUGCAGCAACACGUUACUGCCGGCGUCACAAAAAUAAAGCAAAUUUAUUGAAUGAAUGGAAGUUGGAGUGCAAAAACUACUAUAGUUACCUGUCCAACCGCUUCAGUUACACAUCACUAAAACUUGAAGGAAAUCAAAAAUAAGUAAUAAUAAUAUUACUAUGGAAAACUUUACUGUACCUCUGGUGGCCGAAAGCAGCGCCAGUAGUAUCGUUAGUUAUGCAGCCAGCAGAAAUAACGAUAGCAACAACCAACAUCUCCAGCACCUACAACAGCAGCAUCAUCAGCAUCAAUUGCUGUCUCUUUAUCACAAGGACCAGAUGUUGGCCGCUGGCAGUAGUCCGAUUUCACCCUUCAUUAACUAUGCGCAAUUGCAAAAGGACACUCAAUCCAAUCCUGAUUCCUAUCCAACGGUUGACAGCUUUACCUCAUUGCAGGCCAUCGACAGCAGUCAAUUGGAUGUUGUUGUAUCUUUAAAUGGACUUUGCGAUCGCAUAUUCGCCAGUCCUAAUCCGCAUAGUAGCAACAGCACAAACAACAAUCUUAUCGAUGCAAAGGUAUCAGAGCCACCUAGCGGUAACAAUCGUCCGCUCAUUUUAGAAUCAGUCACAAUGUCAUCCUUUGCUAAUAUACUGUUCAAUAGCCGCAACAAUACCAAUACCGAUACCAAUACCAAUACCAAUACCAAUACCAAUACCGAUACCAAUACCAAU